AUAAAAAAAUUUUCAAUUUGUUUUAUUAGAUUUUUUUUUUUAUUUUUUAUAAGAAUAGUAAAUUUUAUAAUAAUAAUUUAUUUUAUUAUAAAUAAUAUAGUAAUUUUUUUAGAGUGAGAAGUUAUUACUUUAAAUUCAGUAAGAGUAGUAAUAUCUAUUUUAUUAGAUUGAAUAUCUUUAUUAUUUAUAAUAUUUGUUUUAUUAAUUUCUUCAGUUGUAAUUUAUUAUAGAAAAAGAUAUAUAAGAUCAGAAUUAAAUUUAAAUCGUUUUAUUAUUUUAGUUUUAUUAUUUGUAUUUUCUAUAAUUUUAUUAAUUAUUAGUCCUAAUAUUGUAAGUAUUUUAUUAGGUUGAGAUGGGUUAGGAUUAGUUUCUUAUUGUUUAGUUAUUUAUUAUCAAAAUUUUAAAUCUUAUAAUGCUGGAAUAUUAACUGCUUUAUCUAAUCGGGUUGGGGAUGUAUUUAUUUUAAUGGUAAUUUCUUGAAUGUUAAAUUAUGGAAGAUGAAAUUAUAUUUUUUAUUUAAUAUUUAUAAAAAAUGAUUAUGAAAUAUAUAUAAUUAGAAGAUUAAUUAUUAUUGCUGCUAUAACUAAAAGAGCUCAGAUUCCUUUUAGUUCUUGGUUACCUGCUGCUAUGGCAGCUCCUACUCCUGUAUCUGCUUUAGUACAUUCUUCAACUUUAGUAACUGCUGGAGUAUAUUUAUUAAUUCGUUUUAAUUUAUUAUUGAUUGAUAUAUUAUUUUUAAAAAUUUUAUUAUUAUUAUCUGGUUUAACAAUAUUUAUAGCAGGUAUUUCAGCUAAUUAUGAGUUUGAUUUAAAAAAAAUUAUUGCUUUAUCUACUUUAAGACAAUUAGGAUUAAUAAUAAGAAUUUUAAGUAUAGGAAUACCAGAUUUAGCUUUUUUUCAUUUAUUAACUCAUGCUAUAUUUAAGGCUUUAUUAUUUAUAUGUGCUGGAGUUAUUAUUCAUAUAAUAAAUGAUACUCAAGAUAUUCGAUUAAUAGGAGGAAUUAGAAAUUAUAUUCCUAUAACUUCUUUAUGUAUAAAUAUUUCUAAUUUGGCAUUAUGUGGUAUUCCCUUUUUAGCGGGAUUUUAUUCUAAGGAUUUAAUUUUAGAAAUAGUAAGUUUAAGAAAUUUAAAUUUAUUAAUUUAUUAUAUUUAUUAUUUAUCUACAGGAUUAACUAUAUUUUAUACUAUUCGAUUAAUUAUAUAUUUAAUAGUAAAUGAUUAUAAUUUAAUAAGAAUUUAUAAUUUAUAUGAUGAAGAUUAUACUAUAUUAAAAAGAAUAAUAGUUUUACUUUUUAUAAGAGUUAUUAGUGGUUCUAUAUUAAGUUGAAUAAUUUUUUUAAAUCCAUAUAUAAUUUAUUUACCUUUAAAUAUAAAAAUAAUAGUUGUAUACGUUAGAUUAUUAGGAGGGUUUAUUGGUUAUUUUGUUAGAAAUAUAAUAAUUUAUUCAAUAAAUAAAUUUUUAAUAACUUAUAAUAUUAGAAGAUUUUUAUGUUUAAUAUGAUUUAUACCUAGAUUAUCUACUUAUGGUUUAAAUUAUUAUUUUUUAAAGUUAGGACAAAAUUUAUUAAAAUAUAUUGAUUUAGGAUGAAGUGAAUUAUAUAGAGGACAAGGUAUAUAUUAUAUUUUAAAAAAUUAUUCAAUUUUUUAUAAUUUUUAUCAAGUAAAUAAUUUUAAAAUUUAUUUAUUUAGAUUUGUUAUAUGAAUAAUAAUUUUAUAUUAUUUUAUAUUAAUAAAAUUUUAA